UUGGUGCGACAGUAAGUGGGGACAUUAAGGUAAGACAGAUGAUCAAGUAACAUUGCUCUUCAUUUGUCCGACGAUCCAUCGUCAUUCUCCAUCAGCAUCACCCAUUAAAGUACAAGCACGGGUUCUUCUGCUCUGAUGGAGACCUUGGGAUCUCAGAAAUAAUUGGGACAGAAACCUCUGUUGCGCUCUGUGUGUUUGUGUGCCUGUGAAUGUGGUCUGAGAGAGGUGGGAAGGAGAGACUGGUUGUCACAGGGAGGCCCAUUACCCAUCACCCAUUAAAGUACAAGCCCCGGUUCUUCUGCUCCGAUGAAACCUUGGAAUCCCAGAAACCAUUGGCAACUAUAACCUUCGUGGUUUGUGCGUUUGGGUGUCUCGGAGUCUGCGAGUGUGGAGAGACAGAGAGACAGAGAGAUGGGAGGGAGAGAGUGGUGUCGAAGGGAGGUGGUUCCAUUUUCAGCCGUGAUCGCCGCGGACAGCAUCUCGGUGGGCGUGACCACACUGUUCAAGUCGGCCAGCUCGAGAGGGAUGAGCACCCACGUCUUCCUCGUCUAUUCUUACGCAUUUGCUUCUCUUCUUCUCCUCCCGGCUCGUUUCUUCUCUCUCAAAUCAAGAGAGCUUCCGCCUCUCAGCUUGGCCAUACUUGCCAAAAUUGGCCUUCUUGGGCUCGUUGGAUUUUCGGCUAUGCUGGGGUUAGCAUGAGUUCUCCAGCUCUCGGUUCAGCCAUCAGCAACCUCACUCCAGCUCUCACUUUCAUAUUUGCCAUCCUUUUCAGGAUGGAGGAGGUGUCAUUGAACAAAAGAAGCAGUCAGGCCAAGAUAGUCGGGACCGUACUGUCAAUUUGCGGCACAUCUGUCAUCACUCUUUAUAGAGGUCCCCUAGUUAUCUUCACUCCAAAACCUUCUCUCUCACUUUAUCCACUUAUGCAAGGAUCGAACUCGAACUGGGUUGUUGGGGGGAUUCUCCUCACUGCUGAUUAUAUUUUGCUCACUUUGUGGUACAUUCUUCUGAAACAGAUAAUGAAGGAGUAUCCGGCAGAACUGACUGUAAUCUUCUUUUACAACGUGGUCGUGAGCUUCAUGACUGCCAUUGUCUGUUUAGUAAUGGAACAUGAUAUGAGUGCAUGGAGAGUGCAGGGUAUAGAACUGGCCUCGGUAAUAUGCUCGGGCCUCUUUAAUCGAUGCUUAACCAACAUCGUUCACACAUGGGCAAUCCGGUUGAAAGGGCCUUUCUAUGUGGCGAUGUUCAAGCCGUUGUUGAUUCCCGUGGCUGUUGCCAUGGGUGUCUUCUUUCUUGGAGACAAACUUCAUCUCGGAAGUCUUAUAGGAGCGACCAUACUGUCCAUUGGAUUUUAUAUUGUAAUGUGGGGGAAGGCAAAAGAGGAAGUGGUUGAGGAGUCUGUAGAGAGUCGGUUGGAAUCACCGUCCUUUGAAAAAGUCCCCCUACUGCAAUGACCGCUAACACAUAUGAAGUGUAGAACAAAUUUCUUGAGAUGGAUUGCAGAUAGGUACUGCU